AUGGCAGCAGACGACAUGAAAAAGGCCUCUCCUCCCGACUCUCUUUCCAACUCCGAGCCCAUCGACGAAGAUGCCCUCAAGUUGGCGGAAAUGGGCUAUACCCAGGACAUGAAGAGAAACUUUACUGUCUGGUCGGUUCUCGGAGUGGGAUUUUCCUUGACAAAUUCAUGGUUCGGAAUAUCCUUGGCUAUGGUAACCGGCAUCAAUUCUGGAGGACCUGCCUUGCUGGUCUACGGCAUCAUACUCAUCUGUCUCAUCUCAAUCUGUGUCGGCAUCAGUCUUUCGGAACUCGCUUCUGCGUUGCCUAAUGCCGGAGGACAAUACUUCUGGGCCAACGAGCUCGCACCCAAGAAAUACGCCAAUUUCGCCAGCUACCUUACCGGGUGGUUUGCUUGGGCUGGGAGUAUAUUCACGUCCGCAUCGGUUGCACUGGGAAUGGGCGCUGCCGUUGUGGGAUGCUGGCAGCUCACUCAUCCUGACUUUGUCAUCGAACCCUACCAUGUGGUAGUAGCCUACCAGUUGAUUAACUUCCUUUCCUUCUUCCUUAACUGUUAUGGCCGUAUUCUACCAGUCUUGGCUACCUGUACUCUAUACAUCUCUCUCGUCUCGUUCGCCGUGAUCCUCAUCACCGUUCCAGCCAGAGCGCCAACCCACGAAUCUGCCAAAUUCGUUUUCGCUACCUUUAUCAACUCAACCGGAUGGCCCCAAAAUGGUAUCGCUUUCAUUGUUGGUCUUAUCAAUUGUAAUUGGGCCUUUGCUUGUCUCGACUGUGCAACACAUUUGGCCGAAGAAGUCCCGAGGCCAGAGAAAAUGAUACCUAUUGCCAUAAUGGGCACGGUUGCCAUCGGCUUCGUGACAGCUUGGUUUUUCAGCAUCAGCAUGAUGUUCAGCUUGAGCGACCUGCAAGGUAUAACAAACACUGCUACCUUUGUUCCGAUCUUGCAAUUGUUCUAUCAAGCUAUUGGGAACUAUGCCGGGGCUAUCGCAUUGGAAUCUCUCAUCAUUGCCACUGGUAUUGGGUGUCUGGCCGCAUCUCAUACGUGGCAGAGCAGGUUGUGCUGGUCCUUUGCACGAGAUCGAGGUAUUCCUGGUCAUCAAUUCCUUCGCAAAGUCCAUCCUACCCUUGGCGUCCCUGUUAUUGCACAUGGUGUGUCUUGCUUUAUCGUGGCUUGUGUCGGACUCCUAUACCUCGGUUCCUAUGCUGCAUUCAAUUCUAUGGUCGCAGCCUGCAUUGUCCUCCUAUACGUCUCAUAUUCCAUCCCUGUCAUCGCCCUUCUCGUUCGAGGCCGCAAUUCCAUCCGUCACGGACCAUUCUGGCUUGGUCCUUUCGGCUUAUUCGCUAAUUGUGUUCUCCUCGCCUGGACACUGUUUACUAUCAUAAUGUAUAGCUUUCCUUACUACUAUCCUGCUACCGCCAACAACAUGAACUAUGUCCCCGCCGUUUACGCCGUGGUCAUCUUCAUCAUCGCCGUCGAUUGGCUGGCUAGGGGUAAGAAGCAAUACCGGGGACAAACGGAUCGGAAGGAAGCAAUCAAGGAGACAGUCCGAAAAGCGAGUGUUGUCAGCUAUCGGUCGGGAAGUCGUAUGGCUGGGCCGGGAGUAUGA